CCAUUGCGCUCUGACUUUGUAGAAGUAGGAAUUCAAUCAGGAAACUGGGAAUACCUUUUCUGUCAUAAACUGUGCUGUCUGUCAUCAACCAGGCGUAGUUGUCAACAACCUGCCUGUGUGAUAGGUAGUCAUGCAAAGUUUCUUUGUCAGUUGUUGAAGUGAGGAGUCUACCAAAGCAAUUAUACACACUCAGGGAUUAUUUAUAAGGAUUUUUGUCACCAGUAUUCAUAAUUUGUCUUCAGUUGUAUUCAUGAUGGCACCACUCUUUCUUCUUGCCGAGCGCUCCAUGAGCUUUAAAGGUAGCCACAGAGGAGCAGUAACUAUCAAACCAUACUGUAAGCCUCCAGCCACACCCACCAAGCGACGGGACAGCAAACUCUGGUCAGAGACGGUCCAGGGCAAUAUCAACGAGGCUCUCACCAAGAUUGAGAUCAAGAAACAAGAGGCCAUAUUUGAGCUGUUACAGGGUGAGGUGGACCUGGUGGAUGAUCUCUACCUUGUAAUGAAGACAUACAGAGAUGCUAUGAGAUCCCUUCAGAUCCUUACUGAUCAAGAUCUUAACAUUAUCUUUGGUUCUCUUGAAGAACUCCGCAUGAUACAUGAAGAGCUUAUGUGCGAUCUUCAAAAACAGAGGGGUAAGAACGGUGCGACAGAAGAAGUUGGCCAGGUGUUGUUGAAGUGGCUGCCCAUGGUAACGGAGGUGUAUGUGACGUACUGUACAAACCAACUUGCAGCUAAAAACUUACUGGAUGAGAAGAAACAGGACUCCAAGGUUAAUGACUUUCUUGAGAGGUGCAUUGAAUCUCCGUUCAGCCGGAAACUGGACCUUUGGAAUUUCCUUGAUGUCCCUCGCAGUCGACUUGUGAAAUACCCUCUCCUCUUUAAGAAUAUCCUCAAAGUUACACCCUCGGACCACAAGGACAAGAUCAAUAUCACUCAAGCGAUUAAACUGUGUAAGGAAAUCAUCGCUGAGGUAGACAGGAGAACAGGAGAGACCAAAUGCAAGAACUACAUCGACAUGUUUGAUUAUUUGGACGAGAGACAACGAAACCACCUCAUCGCAUACCAGAAGGUCCUUCUCUGUGGGGGUGUCCUCAAGAGCAGCAAAGGAACGAAACUUCAUGUAUUCCUAUUCGAAGACAUCCUGGUGGUGACGAGACAAAUCACGAGAAACAACCGUAAGUGUUACCAGGUGUACAGGCAGCCUAUCCCCGUCAGGACCAUGGCGCUGGAGGACAUACCAGAGGGAGAGGUCAAGAGGUCAGGUUCCUUUAGGGGAGCACUCUCACAUGGGCCUUCAGUGAAAUGUGGUUUCAAGGUUCGUUCAACAGACCCCAACCUCUCGCAGUCCUUCACGCUGCAUUCGAGUGAUGAACACGACAAGAAACAAUGGGUUCAACUCUUCAGAAGUGCCAUCAGGAGAGCGAGACAGGAUGAGACGUGUGUCUGAGCCCCGCCCACCCGACCCCCUUCCAGCAGCUUUAAACCCCUAAUCCUGCUGCAGAGAUGACCUUUGAUCGGUCCUGCUUGCACUCUUCACCGUGCUAUCACCUAUGAGAGACGUUGCCAUCGUGCCAUCUAUGAUAAAAGAGAGCAAUGAGCUUAGUGAUGAUAUGAUUCAAAAGACAAUGACCAUACCUCUACAAAUAUCUGGACUGAGGACAUUUAAAGCAAUGGUCGCCAGAGAGAAAUCAAGCAACGGGGGAUAAAGCCAUCUUUGCCUCCUUUCCACAACAUCUUGCCAUUCUCAGAGAGAGGGAGAGAGAGAAAGAGGAGAGCCGGCCGGCGGAGUGAGCGAUAACCGAGUAGCGAAACCAUGCGGGAAGAGCGUGAUUUGUCGCACCACCAUUGGACACCCUUGGGGCCUCAAAAGAUUGUGACUUGUGGCACGAGCCGGCUUCCACUCCAUUCUAGUCACUACCCUGGCCACAUUCCAUUCUAGAGCAAACUUCUGAACCCUAGACAUCCUUUACUCACAUUGCCCUGUGUAGAGGAGCACCCAUACAAAUUAUCUGAUAUUCAUUUAGUGUUUAAAGCUGUGUCAGUGUUCAUCAGUAUGUAAGUACUCGAGUCACACCUGUAUUUUGCUUGUGCACAGACAUACCGAGGUCCAAAAUAUGCCUGAUUGCAACACACAAUCUCUGAAGACAAGCAUUCCAUUCAUUAAUGGGCAGGAAUUUGUGAAAAACCCUUCAUGUAUUACCUACAAAUAGAUACUCUCCUCUCUAUGCCUCGUGGUUCAAAGACAACACUGUUUAGCACACAGCUAUCUCUCUGAGAUUGUGUACUGCCAUAUUCUUUGUCUGCAGUAUUUCAGGACUUGUUUUGUAUGAGUAGCAUAUAGGCAUAAUCUUAUAUGAAUAUAUUUUGUACAAUGCUGAAUACUCAUGCCUAAUCAGGAAUUUCCUUACUUUUUUUACAUGUAAGUUAAAAUAUUUUAUACUAAUGCAAUGCAAUGUAUUCGGAGGCAGUUAGAGAUUCUGUCGUGGUCAACGUGAAAAAAAAGAGAAAUUGAUAAAAAAUUUAUACGUAUAAAUAUUGCACAUUUGAAGCAUGAAUUGAUAGAUGAAAUAGCUCUUUUCUUACAUUCCUUUUGAUGCGCUCAUAUUGAUAAAAGUCAAAAGUACAGAUAACAUUUUGUUCUUUUAUGUCAUUUUUUAAACAUAAUUGAUUCUUGUAAAUGAAAAGAAAUGUACGUCCAUGAGCAGAAACUCUGUAUCAAGGCAUGUAUAUAUACAUGUAUAUACAUUCAGUGUUUUUCUUGUUGUAUUUGUUGAAAUGCAGGAAAUCAUGCUGAUUUAAACUUAUCUUUAAAAACAGUUUGCAGAAAUGUAAUAACUGACUGGACAUAUAUGAAUACAUGAUGUUUUGGUCAUGCCCUUUUCUCAUUUUCACUUUAUCGUUAAUUUCUUUUAAAACAUCUUUAAUGGAAAAUAGAAAGAUAUACUGGAUUUGACAAUGUCUCCCAAGAUAUUAAUGUUUUUGCUCUUCAUACACUUUCUGAGGCAUGAUAAACAUAGCACUUCUUUUCAAAUAUUCCGUUAUUUCAUGAAAAUAAUGCUCUCAAAUUCAUGCUUUCCAUAAAAAUAGACACUGUUUUUAUGCCAUAAACAAACCCCCCCAAAAAAAAUUAAUAAAAAAAAAUGCAAAUACAAUGGAUACAACUCAAGAUAUUAGAUCCUUAUGAGAGAAGAAUUAUACAUAUUUGUGUGUAUUUUUGUCAGUCUCUUUGGAUUCAUUUUUAUACCUGACAAGUCAAUAAAGCAUUUAUGAAGUAAUUAUUGUAGUCGAUUUUAAUUCAUCCAACCAAUGAAAAAAAGAAAGAAAAAUAGCAAAUGUCUGUAUCUUGCCAUCAUAUACUUCUAAAUGCAGUGUUAAUAUCUUACAUGGUCCUGAAAUAGUCCUAGUAGAUGUAGUUUUUGUUUUGUUUUAUGCAUUAUAUGUAUUUCCUGUAAAUUUCAACACAUGUAUAGGUAAACUAGAUUUUUCCAUUUUAACUUUUUUAACUAAGACAUUUUUUCUCAACCUUUUCAUGCACGUACAGCAUUUCAUACAUAAAUAACAACUUUUGUCAUUAAUUAUGCAGGAAAAUUGUCAAUAAUUAAUACUAUUUUUUCUUUCUUAAUCUCUCACUCUCUUUUUCUCGCUCUCUUUGCUAUCUCACAUUAUCCCGUCACUGCAUCUGUCACGUGUUCUUUACACCCGUUAUAUGUUUAACCAGUAGAUUAACUAAAUGACGUUCAUGGUGAAAGGACCAGACCCUCUACUGUUUACACAGCUUGCCUUAUUAAACUCUGAAUAAUUAAUUUUCCAACACAUUCCAUGUUCACCAACUCAACCAAAGCCAUCAAUAAAAAUAUUCCAUUUGUUGUAUCUUAUAUGAGUACAGCACCCACUGGUACAUUAAGGAGGCAUGAAGCCUCUUGCGGUGAUGUCUCAACUUAAACAA